UCUGCUGAGAGGAGGGCUGGCUCUGCCUGACUCUCACUGUGCUGGAGACUAGAGCCAGUUGAGGUGGAACCUAGGCCAAGUCCCCAGACCUAUACCUUCCAAGUUCUUCAUCCUUGGGCAAUUCUCUGGCCCUUGCUGCCCCACCAUGUCUGCCUACACUCUCCUGCUCCUUGCCUCAGCACUCCUGGUCACCCCAGGUCUGGCCUUUUCUGGUGUCGACCCUGAGCCUGAUGACUCGUUGCUGACGCUUCCAUGUGGUGGAAAGUCAUCUUGCACAUCCCAGAGUCCGGUGGAUCUGCCAAGUAACAUGAACGUUGCAGAAAGCAUCAGCUUCACCUGUAGGCCCUGCAGAAUGAUAAUAGAUAAGCUGAGGAACGUGGUGGGAGAGGAGCCAAAUGAGGACACUAUCUUCCAGGCCAAGACCCGGGUGUGCAACAAAUUGCCUGUGCUGAAAGGCCUCUGUAGGAUGAUCAUGGGCCCAUUUUUUCACCGCAUCGCCCGUGACAUCAUCGCUGGCAAAAGUUCCCGGGAUGUCUGUGUAGACAUCAAGAUGUGCAAGCCAGAAGCAGGUCUCAACUGAGCCUCUCCUCCACCCUGAGGAAGAACUGCAGAAGCUCCAGCCACUGCAGCCAGCUCCUCCACCCGCAGUUCCACUUCUCUCAGCUCAAGCUCUCCACCUCACUCCCUCUCAGAAGAAUAAAAUGUCAGUGUUUUGCAAUG